UCCCCGGUCUCUCCUCCUUUUCCUUUAGUCUGUGGUCCAAAUUGCAAGAGAAGGAAGACGAGGGGAAGCGGAGGCUGGCUGGCUCUCUUUAUUUCCCUCAAAGGGCUCCUCUUGCCCCGAUAGAACUCUCUCAACCUUGCCCACUUCUCCUUCGCCUUUGUGUUUUUUCCCCCCGUUGCCAAAAGCUUUAAUUUUUUGCGCGCGCACGCGCUCGGCAGCCUUCCCCUCUCCGGGCCAGAGGAUGGAACCCUAACGCCACUCCUCAUCCUCAUAAUCAUCCUCCUCCUCAGACAUAGUAAUCAAAAGCAAACGCCAUACACCGAGGGGAUGGGUAGACGUUAGCAGGCGGGAGGAAGAGCAUCCUUCCCUCCAACCUUACCCAAAGGAGACUGAAAAGGAGAAAGAAGGGCUUUCUCUUUCUUCCUGUUUUCUUUUCCCAUUUCCACCUUCUCCCAACUUGCCCUUUUGGCGUUGCACUUGGAGGAGGAAGCAAAGCAACAAAAAAAGUAUUUUUCCCCAUUUUUUUGAGAAGGAAAAGAGUAGCCCAAAAGGGCGGGCCUCCCUUUUUUGGCCAGUGAGUGCAAGGCCAGAGUUGCAAUUGCAAAAAAAGGGGGCAAGAAGAGGAGAAGAGGAGCGAGGAAAAGGAGGAGGAGAGGGAAGAGAGGAGAGGAAGGAGGGAGGGAAGGAAGGAGGGGAGGGGAGAGCAGAGCAGAGCGGGAGGCAGCGAGAGAAGCAGCAGCAGCAGCAGCCAGGAGAGCGGAGGAGAAGAAGGAAGGAGAAGAAGAAGAAGGAGGAGAAGAGCCCGCGAGGAGAAAGCAAGCAAGCAAGCGGCUCUGGCUCUGUCUCUCCGUGCGGAUGCCUCGGACUCUUCUCUCCCACUUUCCCGCCUCGGAGGGAGCCGUCCCCGUCUGUACAGCUUGGGUUUUGGAUUAAAUCCGGCGCCCGAGAGGCGAGCGACAGCAGCAGGAGGAGGAGGAGAAAGGAGAAGCAGGAGAGGAGGAAGCGCAGGCGGCGGUGGCAGCACUUCACCCCAGCAAGAGGAGGAAAAGAAGGAGAAGAAAAGGCGGCAGGAAGCACAACAACAACAACAAUAACCCCUCUGAGACCAAGGACUUGGUCAGCGGCGGCGUUGGGGCUGCUGCUGCUAGGAAUAAGAGGCUGCCAGCAUGACCAGAGGAAAGAGAUGGACUCCUUUCUUGGCAAAGAGAGGUAUAUGGCUCUGCACAGCUGGACUGAACUCCAGAUUUGGCACCUGGGGAGGGGUCUGCUUUCAGGAGCUCAGCGUGGGCGAACACCACCCCAAAAUCCUUUGAAAAUUCUUCAUCUGGAAUUUCAGAUUGGAGAGUCUCGCAGUGGCUUCUAAGCCAGUGAUCGAAGCCGCCAAAGCAUGCUGGUGCCAAGCUGUCGGAUGAUGCAUAUAGCCAGGCCAGUAGUAGUGCUCCUGUGCUUCUUACUCUCUGCUGAUGCUGAAACACCACCAAAGUUUACAAGAACACCCGUUGACCAGACAGGGGUCUCUGGGGGAGUCGCAUCCUUCAUCUGCCAAGCUACAGGAGACCCAAGACCUAAAAUUGUCUGGAACAAAAAGGGCAAGAAAGUCAGCAAUCAGAGAUUUGAGGUAAUAGAGUUCGAUGAUGGGUCUGGAUCAGUUCUCAGAAUACAACCACUACGAACUCCACGAGAUGAAGCUAUUUAUGAAUGUGUUGCUUCUAACAGUGUUGGUGAAAUAAGUGUGUCCACAAGACUCACUGUGUUGCGUGAGGAUCAAAUUCCUCGUGGUUUCCCCACCAUUGAUAUGGGGCCACAGUUAAAGGUGGUUGAACGCACUCGAACAGCCACCAUGCUAUGUGCAGCCAGCGGAAGUCCCGAUCCUGAAAUAACGUGGUUCAAAGAUUUUUUACCUGUGGAUACAAGCAACAAUGGACGCAUCAAACAAUUACGAUCAGAAUCUAUUGGUGGUACACCAAUAAGAGGUGCCCUCCAAAUCGAAUCGAGUGAAGAAUCUGACCAAGGCAAAUAUGAGUGUGUUGCAACCAACGGUGCGGGUACACGAUAUUCUGCCCCUGCUAAUCUAUAUGUCAGAGAGCUGCGAGAAGUUCGACGGGUCCCACCAAGAUUCUCAAUUCCUCCCACCAACCAUGAAAUCAUGCCUGGGGGGAGUGUCAAUAUCACCUGUGUUGCUGUCGGUUCACCAAUGCCAUAUGUGAAAUGGAUGCUUGGGGCUGAAGAUCUGACACCAGAAGAUGAUAUGCCAAUUGGACGAAAUGUCCUAGAGCUCAAUGAUGUCAGGCAGUCUGCCAAUUAUACUUGUGUGGCCAUGUCUACACUUGGCGUUAUAGAAGCAAUAGCUCAGAUAACUGUAAAAGCCUUACCCAAACCUCCAGGAACUCCUGUUGUGACAGAAACCACAGCAACAAGCAUUACUUUGACUUGGGAUUCUGGAAACCCUGAGCCCGUAUCUUACUACAUAAUCCAACAUAAACCUAAAAACUCUGAGGAACUGUAUAAAGAAAUUGAUGGAGUAGCUACAACACGAUAUAGUGUCGCUGGCUUAAGCCCAUAUUCUGAAUAUGAAUUCAGAGUGGUUGCUGUCAAUAACAUUGGAAGGGGUCCUCCUAGUGAACCUGUUUCUACACGGACCUCAGAACAAGCACCGUCUAGUGCACCACGGAAUGUACAAGCUCGUAUGUUGAGCUCAACCACCAUUUUGGUGCAGUGGGAGGAACCUGAGGAGCCAAAUGGCCAAAUACAAGGUUAUAGAGUUUAUUACACCAUGGACCCCUCUCAGCAUGUCAAUAGUUGGUUGAAACAUAAUGUGGCUGACAGCCACAUCACCACCAUUGGGAAUCUAAUACCACAGAAAACAUACUCUGUAAAAGUACUUGCUUUUACCUCAGUUGGGGAUGGACCACUUUCUAGUGAUAUCCAAGUCAUUACUCAGACAGGAGUACCUGGACAGCCACUGAACUUCAAAGCUGAACCUGAAUCUGAAACAAGCAUAUUGCUUUCUUGGACCCCGCCACGGUCUGACACAAUCUCCAACUAUGAUCUUGUUUUCAAAGAUGGAGAGCAUGGUGAAGAGCAGCGAAUUUCUAUUGAUCCAGCUACAUCUUACCACUUACAAGGCCUAAAACCAAAUAGUUUGUAUUACUUCCGUCUGUCAGCACGUUCUCCUCAAGGUCUUGGUGCAUCAACAACAGAAAUCUCAGCUAGAACCAUGCAGUCAAAGCCAUCAGCUCCUCCUCAAGACAUUAGUUGCAACAGCCCCAGCUCCACUAGUAUUUUGGUAAGUUGGCAGCCUCCUCCAGUGGAAAAACAGAAUGGAAUUAUCACUGCCUACUCCAUCAAGUACACUGGAAUUGAUGGAGAAGAGGACAAGCCCCAUGAAAUUUUGGGAAUUGCUUCGGACACUACACAGUACCUUUUGGAACAGUUGGAAAAAUGGACUGAAUAUCGGAUUUCUGUGACAGCCCACACUGAUGUCGGACCUGGCCCAGAGAGUGAAUCUGUAUUGAUUCGGACAGAUGAAGAUGUUCCUAGUGGUCCUCCUCGCAAAGUCGAGGUGGAGGCUGUCAACUCUACAUCUGUUAAAGUGUCAUGGCGUUCACCAGUGCCCAAUAAGCAGCAUGGUCAAAUUCGAGGAUACCAGGUGCAUUAUGUGAAAAUGGAAAAUGGAGAGCCUAGGGGACAGCCCAUGCUGAAGGAUAUCAUGUUGGCCGAUGCACAGUGGGAAUAUGAUGAUACUACUGAACAUGAAAUGGUUAUAUCUGGGUUACAGCCUGAAACAACAUACUCACUCACUGUGACAGCCUAUACAACCAAAGGAGAUGGAGCACGAAGCAAGCCCAGACUAGUCUCUACUACUGGUGCAGUUCCAGGAAAACCACGGCUUGUAAUUAGCCACACACAAAUGAGUACGGCUCUCAUUCAGUGGCACCCACCUGUCGACACAUAUGGUCCCCUGCAGGGAUACCGCCUGAGGUUUGGCCGCAAGGACACUGAUGCAUUGGCAACAAGGGAUUUUACCGACAAAGAUGACCACUACACAGCUACAGAUAUUCACAAAGGGACUUCUUAUAUCUUCAGGCUUUCAGCGAGAAAUAAAGUGGGAUUUGGGGAGGAGAUAGUAAAAGAAAUUUCAAUUCCAGAAGAUCUACCAAGCGGAUUUCCUCAAAACCUGCAUUCGGAAAGUGCCACCUCAACUUCAGUCCACCUCACUUGGCAACCACCCAUCUUAUCAGAGAGAAAUGGUAUUAUCACCAAAUAUACUCUGCAGUACAGGGACAUCAAUGUGGUCCAUCACCCAACAGAGGUCCCUGUCGUACCUCCUGAUACCAUUAUGACACUCUCGGGCUUAAAACCAGAUACCACAUAUGAUGUAAAAAUACGUGCACACACAAGCAAAGGGCCCGGUCCAUAUAGUCCGAGUGUCCAAUUCAGGACACUACCUGUGGAUCAAGCAGUGUUUGCAAAAAAUUUUCAUGUUAAAGCAGUGAUGAAGACAUCAGUAUUGCUCUCUUGGGAGAUACCAGAGAAUUACAACUCUGCCCUGCCUUUCAAAAUCCUUUAUGAUGAUGGAAAAAUGGCAGUUGAAGUGGAUGGUCGAGCCACUCAGAAACUUAUCACCAACUUGAAGCCUGAGACAUCUUAUUCAUUUGUGCUAACCAAUAGAGGGAAUAGUGCUGGAGGUCUUCAACACCGGGUAACAGCAAAAACGGCACCAGAUGUUCUGCGUACCCAACCCCUCUUCAUUGAUAAGACCAAUCUUGAUGGGAUGAUAACAGUGAAACUACCGGAAGUACCUGCAAACAAAUCCAUAAAAGGUUACUAUAUAGUAAUUGUGCCUUUGAUAAAGAAGUCUGAUGGGAAAUUCAUGAAACCACGAGAGAGCCCAGAUGAGAUGGAAUUAGAUGAGCUACUUAAGGAGAUAGCACGGAAGCGCAGAAGCAUUCGUUUGGGAAGAGAAGUGGAUUUAAAGCCAUAUAUUGCAGCACACUUUGACGUUCUUCCUACUGAGUUCACCCUGGGAGAUAAGAAACUGUAUGGUGGAUUUGAGAACAAGCAGCUCCAGAAUGGCCAGGAAUAUGUUGUCUUUAUUUUAGCUGUUAUGGAACACUCAGAAUCUACUAUGUAUGCAACCAGCCCAUAUUCUGAAACAGUUGUGUCAGUGGAUCUUAAUCCCCAGCCAAUUACAGAAGAAGAAGAAGGCUUGAUUUGGGUUGUAGGACCGGUUCUUGCUGUUGUUUUUAUCAUCUGUAUUGUCAUAGCCAUAUUACUUUAUAAAAGCAGUAAACCCGACAGGAAAAGGGCAGAGACGGACUCUAGAAAGAGCAGCAUACCCAAUAACAAGGAGAUUCCUUCCCAUCAUCCCACAGAUCCAGUUGAGCUACGACGCCUUAAUUUUCAAACUCCAGGUAUGGCUAGUCAUCCACCCAUCCCUAUUUUGGAACUUGCAGAUCACAUUGAGAGAUUGAAGGCCAAUGACAACUUGAAAUUUUCCCAAGAGUAUGAGUCAAUUGACCCAGGCCAGCAAUUCACAUGGGAACAUUCGAACUUGGAAGUAAAUAAACCAAAGAAUAGAUAUGCAAAUGUUAUUGCUUAUGACCAUUCACGAGUUCUUCUAACAGCAAUAGAAGGCAUACCUGGCAGCGAUUACAUAAAUUCUAACUACAUAGAUGGUUACAGGAAACAGAACGCCUAUAUAGCAACGCAAGGAUCUCUCCCUGAAACCUUUGGGGAUUUCUGGAGAAUGAUGUGGGAACAAAGGGGUGCAACUGUUGUCAUGAUGACCAAAUUGGAAGAAAGGUCAAGGGUCAAAUGUGAUCAGUAUUGGCCAAGCAGAGGAACUGAAACAUAUGGACUGAUCCAGGUGACCUUGCUGGACACAGUAGAAUUGGCUACGUACUGUGUCAGAACAUUUGCACUUUACAAGAAUGGAUCAAGUGAAAAGAGAGAAGUAAGGCAGUUCCAGUUCACUGCAUGGCCUGAUCAUGGAGUUCCAGAACAUCCUACACCAUUCCUAGCUUUCUUACGACGAGUCAAAACCUGUAAUCCUCCUGAUGCUGGACCAAUGGUUGUUCAUUGCAGUGCUGGAGUUGGCAGGACCGGCUGUUUCAUUGUAAUAGAUGCCAUGCUAGAGAGAAUAAAGCAUGAAAAGACUGUAGAUAUUUAUGGCCAUGUAACUCUAAUGAGAGCCCAGAGGAAUUACAUGGUUCAAACAGAGGACCAAUACAUCUUUAUCCAUGAUGCACUGCUUGAAGCAGUGACAUGUGGAAAUACCGAAGUGCCAGCUAGAAACCUGUAUGCAUAUAUUCAGAAGCUGACACAGAUAGAAGCAGGAGAGAAUGUCACAGGAAUGGAACUGGAAUUUAAGCGGCUAGCCAGUUCUAAAGCCCACACUUCAAGAUUCAUCAGUGCCAAUCUUCCAUGUAAUAAAUUUAAAAAUCGCCUUGUUAAUAUUAUGCCAUAUGAAUCCACGAGGAUAUGUUUGCAGCCUAUCCGAGGGGUAGAAGGCUCUGAUUAUAUCAAUGCCAGUUUUAUCGAUGGAUACAGGCAACAAAAAGCCUAUAUAGCUACACAAGGACCUUUGGCAGAAACAACAGAAGAUUUCUGGAGAAUGCUUUGGGAGCAUAAUUCUACCAUUGUAGUCAUGCUUACUAAGCUACGAGAAAUGGGCAGAGAGAAAUGUCACCAGUAUUGGCCAGCAGAACGUUCAGCCAGGUAUCAGUACUUUGUGGUGGAUCCCAUGGCAGAGUACAACAUGCCACAGUAUAUUUUAAGAGAAUUCAAGGUCACAGAUGCCAGGGAUGGCCAGUCCAGAACAGUAAGGCAGUUCCAGUUCACUGACUGGCCUGAACAAGGAGUGCCAAAGUCGGGAGAAGGGUUCAUUGACUUCAUAGGCCAAGUUCAUAAAACAAAGGAGCAAUUUGGACAAGAUGGGCCAAUCUCAGUUCACUGUAGUGCGGGUGUUGGAAGGACUGGAGUGUUCAUAACUCUGAGCAUUGUAUUGGAAAGAAUGAGAUACGAAGGUGUGGUAGAUAUCUUCCAGACUGUCAAAAUGUUAAGGACACAACGGCCGGCCAUGGUACAAACAGAGGAUCAAUACCAGUUCUGCUACCGAGCCGCACUAGAAUACCUGGGCAGCUUUGAUCACUAUGCAACGUAAAACAAACCCUGUCCCACCCUGGAUUUUUAACUGUGGGCCCUUUAAGAUCCAGAGAGCCUCUUCUGAGCCAUACUGUGUGCUUGAGAAGUACUUUAUAACUCCUAACUAAAGACCAAUUAGUGGGAAAUAUUAAAAGGAAAAAAAACCUAUUCCAGGUGGACCAACAAUUCACAGUUCAAUAAACCUAACCAGAACAUAAUAAAAGGAUCUUGACUGGUUGAGGCAUCUGAAGGAGUUCAUAUUAAAGACACCUCAAAGGAUUCAAUUUCAGUUGAAACUAAAGGGAAGAAGAAAUUUUGGCAAAGAACCGUUCUCUUGUUCCAGGAUUGCAUGAUGGUGAACAGUGCAGAUUUUGACACGUACUGCAGUUCAGCGCAAGGUGCCUGCCGAAAGGGCCAGAACCUGGCUUUUCUAAAAGAAAAUGGAUUCUUUGCUUCAACAUCUCCCCUUCCCACCAUGUUGCUCAUGAAUAACUCUUGGGGGGUGGGAGGGGAAAGGGCGAAUGUUUCAAAAGAAAGUCCUUGAUUUAGUUUUUUAGUAUUGUAAAGAUACUGCUGACCUGUGCUUCAUUUUUAACUGUGUAAACUUUUUUCCUUUUUUUUAAACAAAGGUUUAUCAUUCAAUGAAGUGAAUUUAAAAAAAAGUUGCAUAACUGUUCAUUUUUUUGUUUCAAAAUUGUAGAUUUUUUUAUGCUGUAGAACUGUUACCUGUAAUAUCUUGCUGUAGAAAUGUUAAAUAAUUUUGAAAAUUUGCACAUUUUUGUGCAGCCCUAUAUUUAUCUCCAGGACCACAUUCUCAUUUAGGAAUUACUUUUACAUUAUAAGUUUUUUUAAUGAAAUAUAACUCAGUUAAUCUACAUACGGAUAUUUUAGUUUGGUUUUUCUUUUGGAAUCAACAGGGAAGCGCAAAGUAUAAAGCUGCUACUAACAUACACACACACACAUACACACCUUUCUCUUUCUGUCUAUAAAUAUAUGUAUAUCUCUCUGUCUCUCUAUCCAUCUACAAUAAUAUGCGUAGAUAGAUAGACAGAAGUGCACAUAAGUAUAAAUGUAUAUAUUAUGUAUACACAUGUAUCAGUUCUUCCAUGACUUGGAUGUAUUGAAGCAGUAGGGGGGAAAUCCAAAACGCUACAUUCAGUCUGUACAAUAUUUCUAAACAUCUUUGCAUUUCAAAAAAUUGUGUUUGAGGGUUUUUGCUUCUUCUUUUCUUUUCUUUUGAAAAAAUUUUUACAGAGGAAAUGAGGAAUGCACAUCAGUGAUACUUGAAAUUCAGUCCUACAGAAAAAAGGGACAAAAAUUUGUGUACACACACAUCACAAACAUGCAUAUACACACACACAAACACUUUUAAUUUUAAAGCUUCCAGUGAAGUUUGGUAUUUGUAACACCUUAGUGCAAUAAUAAACCAUACUUAAUAUAGGAAGUGUGCAUGUGGGAAAGGUCAGUGCAUAUCCCCCUAGGAGGGGAGAAUGUUGUAAUAUAAUAGUUGUCAAAAUGUUUUAACAUGUAUCCGUAUAAUUGUCUAAAGUACACAGUAGGACCUUUGCAUUGAUGAUGUAUAAUGGGGCAAAGCCAAACUCAUGUUGCUCUGUUAAUCAGAAAUAUUUCAUGAUAAACAGCAUUCAUUAGAGAUGCUGAGGUUUUUUUAAUUUUUUUGCAUUUAGAGUGCCUUAUAUUUGAUGCCUAUUUUGAUAGCAUUUCUUCAAAUUUUGUUUUGCCUGUAUGUGCAUUGGUUGGAUCCAUAUUUCUCUGUUUACUCUCCUCGCUCCCUCCCAACCUUCAAUUAAAGCAUUAUCUUUUCAGCAAUUGUACAAAGAGGUCUUUAACAAUAUGCAUUCCUGGUGUUUCCCUAAGAGUUCAGCGUAAGGAAAUGUUGAUCCAAAGCCGUUGGGUAGUCAGGGGCCCUUUAUCUGACCACAGUGUCCAGCAGCAGGCAAAGCUCCUAUGAGUAUGUUGUUCCUUCCAAACUGGCAUUCAUAUCCAUUGCAUUGCCAAUAUGAAAAGACGAGAGAAUUCUCCUAACAGUUGUAGGAGUAGCAACUAGAAUGCCUUAUGAUUCACUUACUUGCACAUGAAUUUCUUUGGAGGCCAGAUCAUAAUCAUUUUACUUAAGCAAGGAGGCUUCCUGAGAUGAACUAGGUCAGGCAAGUAGACAAAGGGCAUUCAUUUAUAUUAGAUAAGAUUUUUUUCUUAUGUACCGCACAAUACAUUCUCUGAGAUGUUAUAGUAGAAGCCAUUUGCUCUUACACUGGUCUGGGUUAAGCCUGGUACCAUGUUCGAACACUAAUAUCGAAGGGACACUUUUAGAUGUGGUUUAAAAGGCUAUAGUUGUUUUAUCUUGACUUGGAUUUCUUUUAUGCCAUGUUUUCCAUCACAAUCUGAAAAACAAUAUAUAGUAAAAGACCAAACACUAGAAAGCAUUCUAUUAGAGCACUUUUAUAUAGAAAAAUAUUAAAAGCUCAAAAAUGGGAAAAAAAUUAAACAUAUAUAUGUAAUAUAACUAAAAAGUAUUAUAGAAGGCUACCUCAGAAUGAGAUUCUCUAAUUUACAUCCGAAUCAGACAUGAAUGUGCACUGUAUGUUUCAUAUUUGAUUUGUUUCUGUUGGAAAAAAAUCACUUAGAAGUGCCAGAUUAAACAGCGAUCUCAUGCUUUUAGCCAAAAGUACAACUGACAGGUGGGAAAUAACAUGCAACAUUUUUAGAAGCAUAGAGGGAAAGCAUGUCUGGUUUUCGAACCUGAGCACACAAUUGAAGGCAUCCAAAGCAAUACCCCACCGGGAGGCAUCAUUUUGGAUGGGGUUUGUUUUGUCUUUGCUCUGUGCGGUAACUGGAG